AUUUGCUCCGUGCUGUGCCACACAUGCGACAAACAUCUCUCGUCCGCCCAGUGCUACUCACAUGCCCAGCUAACUCUGUAGUGCUGCUUUUGCUAAGCGCCAAACUUGUUAGCUGGAGAAACUCACGGCCAGUCCUCUAGUCACCCUUUAGUCAACAACGGAGACUGCUAUUGGUGCUUUUGCUGCUACGGGCUACCACUCGCCAGUCUUUAACUUUAAGCCCCCCAUAAUAUGUUGUGUAAGCGGCAAUAAUCGUGUGGUGUGCUACAGACGGUCUCAGUACUAUACCGCCGUUGCAAUAAGUGUCUAGAUAAUUGCAGUAGGCAUCGAGACAAGCCGCAACGCAAACCACAAGACACGCACAUAGUCUACCAGGCUGUAUAUACAGUUCGUACAAGUAUAAUCGCAGCGGUAGCAGCGUGAUCGGUCGUACGGGCGACCGACCGGGUGAGUGAACAAACGGCUGACUGCCCCAGUCACGGAGUCGCACGCUAGAGCACAGUUUAUGUUAUUAAGUACCGCGGCGGUUAUUGUUCCAGUUGAACACGGUCGAUCUAGUAACUUUAGCGGCAACAGGAGCAGUAACAAACGAAGGACGGCAGACGUUGCCUUGCGUCGCAUAGCGUAACGUUCUUCCUUCUUAAUCCACUCGACAUCGGUUGGUCCCCUCCGUACGUGUUGGCAGUGGUCGAAAGUCUGCUGAUGCUGUUAGCGGCGAUGACGUACGCUGGCGUCUGUCCCCACAAAUAUUAUUCAGCUGUUUAGCUCGCUGACUUGCAAUGUCUUGCAACAAUGGGAUGGCAGAGUAUUAAUUUUUAAAACAAUGUUACAACAACUAUUAAGUGUUGAUUCCUCAAUAGGCAAACAUGACUGAACUUGAAUGAAUGACAAGACCGACCAGCCAUUUUAGCUACGACUAAGACGCGAUGUGACAUUGCUGAUACACCAGUGGUCGGUGCGUCAAUGCCGUCUUGCUAACGAGUAGUGACUGCGAUAGAUAACGAAAGAAAAAUGGUAAAGAUUAGUUAUUAAUGUCAUACAUCUGCUACGGCGCCUCGAGGAAGACGAAGACGUCAUUUAAAAAAGCGUCGAAGCUCACUCACGGUCGUCGCUUGUUUUGUCGAACAUACGCGAAUAGUUAACGUGGAAUAAGCAUCGGCAGUGCCACAAAUCAAGUUGUGAAAUGUUAAGCGUAGUAUCUCCGUGAAAAAUGCUAGAGAGGUGUAAAAAACCCGAGUGGAAUUCGCCUGUACUAACGUAUUAUCUCUAUCGUUGUAUUCUCACCGACCAGCCUACUAUGGAUUUAUAUUUACUAUAUUUAUUUUACGUCAAACUCAGUUAUUUUUGGUUGAAUAUUGAUUGUGUGGAUGUACAUAUGUAUUUAAGCGUAGCACCGACGGAAUGAACACUUGGAUAUGGCACACGCCCCGUACUAAAUUGUACGGCGCGUCAUCGCGAUCGUGAGCAGUUAUCGUGCGUUUCAGCUGUUUCUUCUAGAAUCAGUCGUUAAUUUUGCUCAAACGCUUUUUGUCUAGUCACUAGCACUGUACCUGCAUUACUCAACUAUCUUUGUAGUUUAAGUAAAACCAACUGGACGCAACUCCUGAGAUUAGCCAUCUUAUAGAUACAUCUGUAAUCCGUAAAAGCGUCUGAUGGCAGACUAAUCGCGUCGCUCGCCCGUUCUCUAUUACGCUGUUGUUAACGGCUUGGCUGGAAUUUUUGCUCCUUGUUUUUGUUGCUACUGGUGAGCGCAGCGAUAUUACUGAACGUGGAGCAGUCGUGUAUGAGCUAGUCCAAUUGUCGGUUACUGUUAACAGCAUCAACGAGUGGGAUCCGGUCCUUGGCAGACAUAGUUGUCAACAGUGAGUAAUAAACACUAACGGCACGACACGCGGUGAACGAAUCGUCGCCAUAAUCAUCAUUUCGUCCUUGUUGUCAUUCGACAUCUCAUCUUUAUUUGGCCCAGUAUACGUGUGAGAGCGUACCUUUGUGUAAUAAAAUUUAAUACUCAUUGUUGUUGUUGUUGAUUGGUUUCCGGUUGCGUUGUAGAACAUGACCAACGUUAGUCGUCAUCGCCUUCGCAACUGUAGUAGCCACAGCAGGGUAACAGCGACUGCUGUCACGAUAUCGGCAACGCCUGCGUAUGUGACCGCACCAACAACUAUAAGGAACAACACGACAUUCAAACCGGCACGUGAUUGAUUCCGCCGUUUAGGCACGUCAUUUUUCCGAUGCUGCCGACGUAUUGUGCUUUUUACUAGUAAGUUCACCUCGCGGCGGCUGUGCAACUACUACUAGUUAUUUGAAUGACGGCGUAACUGAUGCGAGCCGGAUGCCGACUAGCAGCACUGGGAAAUCGAGCACCACGGGCCGCACGUCGAAUCUAACGAAACGCUUCUAUUGCGACUCUAUAGAUAAAGUUUCUUGGUAGAAGACGACGACAAAGAAAUUUAAGUUGACAACUGUUCUGGCCUCGCCUUUUUUUUGGCGUUCUGUUUUGACGCUUGAGGGGUCCAGCUUGACGGCUGAUUAGCUUAUCUGAUAUGCUGAACGUUGCAGCCUAUUUUUGGUCGUACAGCGGUGAAAAUCAACCACUGGAUACACCGAUUCCGAUUUGGAAAUAGACUCAGAAGCGGAAGAGUUCACACACAAUGAAGGAUAGUGUUGCUAGUGAUGGUUGCACUAGGGCACUUUUUGCUAACGCUGCAAUUUAUUGCUUUUUUGUUUAAGCUCAACCAACGUUAAGCCCAUAGCGACAAGGGACACUCAACGUCCCAUGCAAAGGCAAUAACAGCAUGACACAUGUGGUCAGUCAGGCCUACUAUGUCUGGCCAUUGUGACUGGCAUAGAAGCACCCACACCCGCUGACGCGGCGAGACGCACAAACCACGUGUUUACCGAUCGAUCCGUCUGCGCGCGUGCGCGUAUUACAGUGUAAUAACUUGUUGUCAGUUGUGACUAAACUAGUGACGCCUACGAGAUUUUGGAAGAUGAACCGAUUAACGGUGAUGGCAGUAACAAUAUAUGGAAGUCGUCGCUAAGUGGAGAUUGUUCACAUUGGAAAAGGAGGUUUAUACGAUUGAAUGUGAACUUCAACGGAGCGCAAGUGGAUUUAUUGUAGACUAAAGUAGGUGACAAAAUGACCACUGAUCUUCUGUCGAGACUUGAUCUCAUGCAUCCUUGGCUUAUUUCAAGGGACAUGUCCGGGCGCAGAGAGUGUGGCGGUGGCGGCGGCGGCGGCGGCGGAGUCGGAGUAUCGCUCGAGACCCAGCUUGAAUCGCUUUCGUUGACGUCCUCGACGUGGAACACGGCGCCGUCGACGCCAUUGCACCCCGGUAGCGGUCACACAGGCCACCAUGGCGUAGCUCCGUUAGCAGUACCCAACGCCCUACCCAGUAGCCAUCCAAAUGCUAGUGGCAAUCAGCAGGACUCACUCGGUGAUCCCGGCCUUGGCGUCAAAAUGGCCGAAUACGUGCUCGGUGAGUGGGUAGCCAAUAGCAACGGCAGUCAGAUAUCUACUACUGCAGCUAUGCCUUCUAAUACUGCUACUAGCCAUGAUAGUGAACUCAGCAACAGUAGCGGUAGCAGCAGCGGCGGCGGCGGCAUCAGCAGGAGCAAUAGUCUCAAUAGCAGUGGCUGUUCUCCAAGCAGCAGCGGCUGCUCGACUGCAGUUCCAUCAGAGCAGGGCGUCGUCGUCCACCUGGAGAGUCACAACAAUGCCCAUAUAGGCCAUCCGCAUUCUCUGACUAACAGCGCGCAUCACCAUCACCACCACCAUUAUAAUCACCAGCAGCAACAGCUCUUUCAUCACCAUAGUAGUAACCACCAUCAUGAUUUCGUCACGAUGAACAAUAGCGGCGGUGGCGCCAGCAGCAGCAGCGACCUUUCCCCAACACAUCCACCCCAGCCACCUUCUUCCUACCACCACCAUCAGCAACAACAACAACAACAACAACACCAGCAGCUGCAUCACCAUGGUGUUGUUGCUGCUGCUGCUGCUGCUGCUGCUGCUGUUGUAGCUACUUCGCAUCGCCCUUCACAUCCACACCAUCAAGCAUCAGCAAUAGACAAUAAUUCAUCCUCACCCUCAUCAUGUACAUCCCCAUCAAUUUCCUCUGUAGCGUCCCCCUCCACACCCCUCUCACUUAGCGGCAGUGGGAGUGCCUUAGUUCAGCUUGCUUCGACCCCGGGCGGCAGUAAGGACUAUUAUCGCACACCUCCCAAGGAUUGUCCAUUGAGCUUACAGACGGAUGAGUUCUCCCUGGCGUCUGCAAUCCAGCAGGCCGCCAAUCAGUGUGCAGUCGCUAAUGGCCAGACGUCACAGCACAGUAAUUACCUGUACGGUGAGGGCCAUCCGAAUGGGCGGCAAGGAACCGCAACCCCCGUAGGUGGACAGAGUAUGACUCAUACACCACAAGGACCACCCGGACCACCUGGACCGCCUGGAGGUGCUGGCCAACAAGGCACUGGUCCUAUGCAGAAUGCGUAUAUCGCCAACAUUCUAAGUAACUACUUCGCGACGAUGACACCACCCCCACCUCACCCACAUGGCCCCCCGCAUCAUGCUAAUGGCAUGCACACUCCCCCGUACAGCAUGUACCCCCCACCACACGGCAAUUACUUGCCCCCUCCGCCCGACUCGCCGAUGAGGUUUGGGUGGGCACCGCCAUCUACGAUGCCUCAGCAACAAAACAACUUCUAUGAUAUGCGGAGUCGUGGCCCAGGAAUGAGCCCAGGAAUGGCCGGCGCUGGCGGAAUGGGUGGCGUUAGCGGGUGGCCCUCUCCCGGCAGCCGAUUAACUUCACCGAAAGUGUCAGUCACCAAGAAGAAGAACGAGACAAAACUUAUCAAAGAGUUCAAAAGCAACAGAUAUCCCGAUCUCGAGCUUAGGGACCUCUGCGGACACGUCAUUGAGUUCGCCCAAGACCAGCAGGGGUCUAGAUUCAUUCAACACAAACUGGAGUCAGCUACUCCGACGGAAAAGCAGAUGAUCUUCAACGAGAUCUUCACUUGGGUGUAUUCGUUAAUGACGCAUGAGUUCGGCAAUUAUGUCGUACAGAAACUGUUCGAUUUUGGCUCGGAAGAACAGAAGCUGGCCCUGGCUGGAAAGAUGACUGGGCAUAUUGUUAAUCUGACGAUGCACAUUUACGGUUGCCGGGUGAUGCAGAAGGCUCUCGUUUCACUGCCGCCCGAAAUUCGCAAGAAGCUCAUCGAUGAACUCCGAGGCCAUGUGGUACAUUGCGCUAAUGACGAAAAUGGCAACCACGUCAUGCAGAAGUGCUUCGAGACGAUUGAGCCAGGAUAUCUGCAAUUCAUCGUUGAUGAAUGCAUCGGUAAGGUGCGACAAUUAUGUUCGCACAGUUACGCCUGUCGUGUGAUCCAACGCUUGCUGGAGUACUGCAAAUUCGAGCAAUCGAUACCCAUCCUGCAGGAGAUCCAUGGAAAUACGCUCGACCUGGCUCAAGACCAGUAUGGCAACUACGUUAUCCAGUAUAUUCUGCAACACGGCCUGCCGAAGGAUAAAUCGGCCAUUAUUCAGGCUAUUCGUGGCAAUGUCGUCGCACUUUCGUGCCACAAAUACGCAUCAAACGUUAUGGAAAAGUGUGUCACGCACGGCUCAUCCCUCGAGCGAACGGUUCUCAUGGAAGAGGUCUGCGCCACGAAGGAUGGCAUCUUUAAGAUGAUGAAGGAUCCUUUUGCCAACUAUGUCGUACAACGUAUGGUAGAGGUGGCAGACGCCCACUAUUCGAAGCUAUUGGUGCAGAAGAUUGCUCUGAACAAAGAACAGCUUCAAAAGUCGACAUCGGGCAAACACGCACUCGCCAAGCUUGAGAAGUACCUAUACAAAUAUCUUUCAGGCAACCAGACCGGCUCUCCGCCGCAUUCCCAUCACCCUCAACAGCCACAACCCGCACAGUAGACGCUGACAAACAAAGCUGCUAAGCGUCGCCGCCCAGAGCUGGACGGCGCGGGACAUGCUGUUUGUUGUUGCCAUUGAUUAUUUGAUUGUUACACUACAUAUAAUAACAAACAUAAAAAUGCCUCUGUUUUUUCGCACACUACGAUAAUUGAUCGGUCGCGUAGAUUCGCGGAGAGUGAAGCGUCUGAUCGUUCUGGAUCAGAUAGUAAUUACACAACUCUGCAAACUCGGGUGUUUGUUUCGUAAGAUCGAUAGUCAGCGACAGUCAGCACCAACGCAACUAUUGUUGUUGUUGUCAAUAGCUAGCAAGCGUACACAAUCAUGAUCCUUAUUGCGAUAUCACGAUGAUGAUGGAGCACAUAGCGUAAUUUUAGUGGAAUAUUAGGACAGAAAAACAGAUGGCGAACGGUGUCCUUUUGGCAACAGCUUCAGCGGAAGCAACAGCAGCAGCAGCAGCAGCAAUAAUAACGGCAGUGGUGCGAUCCAUAACUGUAACAGCUACAACAAUAAACAAAAAAGGAAGCGGUCAAGAAAAUCUAACAUAACCAUGGGGAUAAUAGUGACUAAGGGGUCGAACAAAAGUUGCUCGUGCCAGUGACGGGGGUGUUAGGCGCCGAGAGGUGAAAUGUCUUGUGGUGGAGAUAGUGUUUCCGGCAGCUACGGAGGGAUGUGGAAGGUUUUUUAGUGUACGUACACAUUGUGCCGUGUCUUCUGCUACUGCUGUAAGCGGACAUGACGACGUCCCGUGUGUGGGGUUGCGCAGCUUGAAUCGCGAGUAUGAGUUUGUGCCAUACGGAAAUUAAAAAAAAACGAUGAUGUAGAUGAGAAGGUGAUAGACAAAGUUGUGUACAUAGCUGUCUCUUUCUAUUGCUUUCACCCUAUGCAAGGCGCAUGGAUCUAAAUUGACUUCGUGGCUUCUCUCUCAUGUCAUUAAAAUUUUGACAAAACAACUCGGUUCGACCGGUUCAUAGGGAUGUGCCAAAAAAUGUAGUUAACGUAUGGCAAAAGGGACACUACACCAAAAGCAAGACUAGACCAUCUACUCUGCUCAACCUAAAGUACGGCGCUCACGAGAGCCUAACCCGGGUAUGCACGAAUAAACGCUACCGUGAUCGGAUGAAAUAAUGUCAAUGUAUAAUGAACAGGAGAACGGUUCGAACAGAAAACAGCGAUAACAACCGCCUGAAGAUAACUGAAGAAAAACAGCGAAUCCAAGGGCCCAUAAGACGCCAACAUUCGUAAGAAGCAGGGCAGGCCGUGCGAAACCUUGAAUACGUGUUGCUCUGGUCUUGAGAGGUCAGGUGUCAGCCAACUGAACUCCUGCAUAAUGUACCCGUGACACUUAGUAACUGACGAAGUCAACUAUCUAUCCACAUAUAUAGCAAGAGGGGCCUAAGUGGGGGUAAAUUCUAGGCGACAUCGUUUGUGGAGAUCGACGAAGACAAAGAUUUAAAAAUGGAAACGAAAGGGACAAAGCUUAUAAUACUUGCGAACAAACGGCAAUAAUGGGAGCGGAAAUGGGAAUCAACACAGGUUUUUGGGAGAAUAACGGCACUCAGACACACACUGUAGAUUGGACGUCGUCGCUAAGCGAUGGUUGUCCGUUGUAUCUUGUAUUGUAUAAGUCAGACAGACGAUGUCUACCGCUGUCACUGAUUUAAUAUUAUUACUAUUACCUUUAUUAUGAAUGUAAAAACUUGUAUAUAUAUAUAUAUACGCGGCUCCGGACCGCCAACCUGGCAUGUGGCACUGCAACCUAGCAUUCUCUGGGCGAGGGGCGUCUUGACCGUGCCGGAGUGGAGUUUACUCUCCGUCUGUCUUUCACAACUUCGAGUAGACUGUGAAGCCUGGAAUCGUAGGGCACGGAACACAGCAGUCGCCAACAGAGCAACGUAAUAAUAGCAACAAUACAAUGGAAACACUACAUAUGAAUGCACAAAACAACGGAAGAGAAAGAAAGUGCCUAACACGCGGCUUAAUGUUUUGUCUUUCGCCGCCGCAGCCUACUUUUUGCCAAAGCUCCAACCAACAGCAGGUGACUCUGACCAGCGUCGACCCAACGCACUUCGUGGAAUCGUGGGUGAUUAGAUUUUGUAUAUUGCAGCCUUCGUGAAUUGUAACUGUGCCGAAAACGUGGCAAGAACUUAAUCCUGAUUAAAACUGGAAAUGAAAUGAAACUUUCGGAAGUUAGAGAAAUUACGUUAACGUAAGGUGCUUAAUAGAACGUGACAUCGGUGUACAUAACGCUUAAAUUCCCAACAAAGACGGGUCGCUGCAAGAGAACGUCACAAAAGGAUGUGCUCU